AGAAACCAGGCUAAACUAGUCGAGUAAAGUUGGGCGGCUGUCUCUGUAUGACGAUCGCUGCCCUAAAAUCGUAAUAAUAAUCUCAUAUUGCCGAUAAUAGCGAGUUGUCGCCAUCUUUCCUCAGCUCGUCGACCACCUCUUGCCGCAGCCUUGCCGAAAAUUCGACUCGGAAAUGAUUUGGAGACCAUUAAUUGCGACUUCCGUAGCAGCAAUUUUCCUCGCUGUCGGGGUGGUUGCCGAUGAGACGAUUAACACGUACGGAAACAACUUCGCGCUGAGCGAGGGUGGCCACUUCAGCAUUUUCUGCAACGUGUCCAAGUUCGAGGCUCUCAAGUGGCAAAAAGAUGGUUUGGAAAUCUCUGAGAAAGUAGGGAACAACAUCACCCUGCACAGCGACAAGCAACCCUGGGGCACGCAGGCUGAACUGCGAGUGUCGUAUGCCACCGCCAGCCACACUGGAAUCUACCGCUGCAACUCGUUUCAUCUCCGUGGCCAGCAUGUCUUUGUCAUCGGAAGCUCGUCUAUUUUGGGGAACAGACCGCCUGAGGGAAUGUUCAAGCUUGUUCUAGGCAAACCCUUGCGGCUGGAGUGCAACGUUACUGACGAAAACCCUCAAAUUACGUGGGUCCGACUAAAUCUCGUGUCUGGAGAAGAGGAGGAUGUGGAGGAUAAGACAGACAAAUAUAACGUGGUUUCUAACAAACAAGCCAGCAGUCUUACUAUCAAAAAAGUUACCUUGGACGAUGUCAAGUACGAUUACACUUGCAAACUGAGCAAGGUCAGCGAUCGCGGACAAACUAUCGGUGUAUCUGAGACGUUUAUUACUUACAUGGCACCGACUGCAAGGUUGCCGAAAGAUAUUUCCUUGGAAGAGGGAACUGAGCUGAUGUUGAACUGCAGUGUGACUGGCAAACCUAAGCCGACAAUCCAGUGGAAAGUGGGAAACACUACUCUGGAGUCUGAUGGUGAGCGAAUUUCCAUCAACUACAACAUUCUGCGAAUCCAGAACGCCACAAAGGAAGACCGAGCUGAAUACACAUGCAUAGCGUCCAUUAUGAACGGAGCCGAGGAGGCAUCUGCUACAGCCAAUGUUCGAGUUAAAGACAAGCUCUCCCCGUUGUGGCCAUUCAUCGGAAUUUGCCUGGAAGUGGUUGUGCUCUGCCUGAUCAUCUUGAUUUAUGAGAAGCGACGCAACAAGUCCGAGCUGGAGGAAAGCGACACCGACCAGAGUCCUGAACAGAAGAACACUCCUGAUGUCGGGAAAGAUGUUCGCCACAGAAAUAAGUAGAAGCCAAACUUAAUUUCCCAAGACUUUUUAGUUCUGUACAAUUUUUUCAACCAGCUCCAAGGGAGUUGAAUUUGUAAUGUAAUUUGCGUAACCACCAGUACGAUUUUUGCACCUUUUAGAUCAUUUGUGGUUGAAUAAUAUACAGAAGUAAUAAUACAUAGAAUGGAUCCAUUGUCCAAGAUACGCUUCAAAUUGUAUGGUUAGAUGUUUGAUUUAAAACUACCUUUUUCUAUAUAACUAUAGUUCUCUAAGGUAGUUAUGAGAGUUUGUUAAAUCUGUAUAUUAUGUUUGGCAAGUUGCAAAUUAAUACAAUUUUCACGGUAUAUAAUGCCAUUUUGACGGAUCUCUGAUUUGGCAUAGAGAACAAUAAUUGAUUUUGCUAGAAAGUGCAUUUAAUUUUGUAGUUUUCUCGUUUGACCCUUCGCUACAUUUCAUUACAAAAUCAGAGAUCGGUCGCUUAAGAGAUGUUGUGAAUUUUUGACCUCAAAUAACCUCUUCAAUUAUAUGCCACAUUACUUAUAAACAUUUAGCUGGCUGUUAAUAAAUUUUUCCAGCAACACAGUCACUUUCACGCAAUGACUCAUUCAACAGCACCAUAAUGUUUGUUGAUGAAAACGUUAAUAAAAUCCAAAGGGUUGUUAUUAA